CCAGUGCGGCGGCGGCGGCGGCGGCGGCGGCGGCGACAGCUACGACAGUGCUGAAGCAGGAGGAGGAGGAGCGACGGGCGCUGGCAGCUAGGCCUGACCAUGGACGAGGAAUAUGAUGUGAUCGUGCUGGGGACCGGCCUCACCGAAUGCAUCCUGUCGGGCAUCAUGUCUGUGAACGGGAAGAAGGUGCUGCACAUGGACCGGAACCCCUACUAUGGGGGCGAGAGCUCCUCCAUCACACCCCUGGAGGAGCUGUAUAAGCGUUUUCAGUUGCUGGAAGGGCCUCCGGAGACGAUGGGAAGGGGCCGGGACUGGAAUGUCGAUCUGAUCCCCAAGUUCCUCAUGGCCAAUGGGCAGCUGGUGAAGAUGCUGCUGUACACAGAGGUGACGCGCUACCUGGACUUCAAGGUGGUGGAAGGCAGCUUUGUGUACAAGGGGGGAAAGAUCUAUAAGGUGCCGUCCACCGAGACCGAAGCCUUGGCUUCCAAUCUGAUGGGCAUGUUCGAGAAACGGCGCUUCCGCAAAUUCCUGGUGUUUGUGGCAAACUUUGAUGAGAACGACCCCAAGACCUUCGAGGGCGUCGACCCCCAGAGCACCAGCAUGCGUGAUGUGUACCGGAAGUUCGACUUGGGCCAGGACGUCAUCGACUUCACUGGCCACGCCCUGGCUCUCUACCGCACUGAUGAUUACCUGGACCAGCCCUGUCUUGAGACCAUUAACCGCAUCAAGCUGUACAGUGAGUCCCUGGCUCGAUACGGAAAGAGCCCUUAUUUGUAUCCGCUCUACGGCCUCGGUGAGCUGCCCCAGGGCUUCGCAAGGCUGAGUGCCAUCUAUGGGGGGACGUACAUGCUGAACAAACCUGUGGAUGACAUCAUCAUGGAGAACGGCAAGGUGGUGGGCGUGAAGUCUGAGGGAGAGGUGGCCCGCUGCAAGCAGCUGAUCUGUGACCCCAGCUACAUUCCAGACCGAGUGCGGAAGGCGGGCCAGGUUAUCCGCAUCAUCUGUAUCCUCAGCCACCCCAUCAAGAACACCAAUGAUGCCAACUCCUGCCAAAUCAUCAUCCCCCAGAACCAAGUUAACCGGAAGUCAGACAUCUACGUGUGCAUGAUCUCCUACGCGCACAACGUGGCCGCACAGGGCAAGUACAUCGCCAUUGCCAGCACGACGGUGGAGACUGCAGAGCCAGAAAAGGAGGUUGAGCCUGCCCUGGAGCUGUUGGAGCCCAUUGACCAGAAGUUUGUGGCCAUCAGUGACUUAUACGAGCCCAUUGAUGAUGGUUCCGAGAGCCAGGUGUUCUGUUCCUGCUCCUAUGAUGCCACCACACACUUCGAGACAACCUGCAAUGACAUCAAAGACAUCUACAAGCGCAUGGCAGGCUCUGCUUUUGACUUUGAGAACAUGAAGCGCAAACAGAAUGACGUUUUUGGAGAAGCUGACCAGUGAUUGAUGACCCCUCCCCGCAGCCAGCCCUUGGUGCCCUCUCCCCUGGCUUAAGUCAGCUUUCCUCCAGGGCUGGGGAGAUGGGUGUGGCCGGGCGCCCCUGUUUCCAGCAUUCUCUGCUUCCCCCACCACAUUCUGCAUUCCUGUCACCCGCCUCAUUGAUUCACUGACCAAAUCCCUAACCUUAGCGAUGGCUUGGGAGACAGAGGGGUUGGAUAGCAUCCUCUUUCUUGGCCCUUCCUUAUUCUGGGAAAAGAGGGUUCCUUUUCUUGUGUGUGUCUCUUCCCCCUCCACUCCUGAUUCUUCUGCUCUGUUCGGGAAGAACGUGGAGGAAAAGCUGACUUCUGCCCCCACUGCUCUUACUCCUGCUUGUAGUGGCCUUUGGAGAUGCCCCCUGCCUUCCCCCCACCAGCUCUCAUGCGUGUUGGGGAGAAGGGGCCCUCCCAGCACAAAGUUGCAUUCCUCCCCCCCCCCCCCCCCCCCCCCCCCCCCCCCCCCCCCCCCCGCCCUGCCCGUCUUAAUUUAUUCUAAUUUAUUAACUUGGCCCGCCUGAUUUGAGAAGGGAGCCCUGUGCCUCCCACCCGCAGCCUUCUGGUGUGGCCUGGGAGGGGGGAGGCCUUGGGUGCCAGCUGUUUUGAGGUUGAUCUUACUAUUUUUGUUUCUAGUUUUGUGUUUGUGUCUCUGGCAUUUGCUGAGAGAGAAAAGAAAUGUGAGCAAAGCAGAAGGAGGUGGGGAAAUGGAUCCAAACCCCAGUAGGCCCCGCCCCAUCCCACAGCCUUUCCCUUAGUGGUGGGAAACCCUUAUCCUGCAAAGUGAAUGUGGCCCCUCCCCCGACCUCUAGUGUAAUUCACCGAAAACCUCCCAAUAAAACUGUGUUGAAACCCGA